UUGUUAUAUCUAAAGCUCUGAACGCCAACAAAAGUACAUCCAAGAUUCAAAAUGAGCAAAAGGACAUUAUAUAAGGACAACAAAGAGAAUUCGAUUUGCGCCGUGUGGACGAUUUCACUGUUUAUUUCAUUAUUUACUUUAAUAUGAGCAGCGGAAUAAAAGAUUUCACAUAGCUAUAUAGUGUCAUUUUUAUAUUUCAUUUGCUAAAUGAUAGGGUUGGGGUAUUAGAUUUAAUGGCGGGAUUUCGUAUUCUAUCGUUUCACCCAUAAUUGAGUUGCAAAAGUAAAUAAUUAAUUUCAAAAUUAUACAUUUUUGAAGAAAAAUCUGUAGCUGUCAUAACUUUUAACUUUUUUGUUGGAGAAAAAGAGGUAUUUGUGAUUUUUUCUUGUUCUUAAAUAAUGGAUACCAUAUUUGAAAAUGAAUUGAUUGCUUUAAAUAGACGUUUGAAUAAAACUAAUUAAAGUGGUGUAUUUUACGUGCAAAUACGCAGCAUCAUAUACGGAAAGGAGGCUUACGCUUACACUAGGAGAUACUCGGAGAUCUUUUAAACGGAUUCAAAAACCUAUUCAAAGAAAAGGAGAAAAACAGUUCCACAAGACUAUGCUACCAGAAAUCUUUAACUUAAACUGAGAAAAGGUUCACACAUGUUAACUCAAAGUGCGAUGUAGAACUGUGGUGAAGUUUCAAAUAAAAAAAGUAAACAAAACACUUAAAUGAACGGAUAUUAUACGAUGAUCAGUUUUGAAAGGACGACAUAUUCCUUCUGACCUUGACCUUCAAAAUGGCGCUGCUAUAUGAAAAAGUAGUCAGCACUGUGAGUAAGACCCCGGAUGAAAGGACAGACGCUGCCAUUGAGGGAAUCUUGCCAUGGUUUCGGAAGAAGUCGGAACUAUUCAAAUCGCAAAAAGCAGAAAUUGUGAAAGAUAUACUAAAGAAUUGCCAAUUUAUGAAAUGUAAGAAAGAUUUUGUCAUCAUUAAACAAGGCGACAAAGGCGACUGUUUUUUCAUUAUCCUCAAUGGAUCAGUGGCAAUCUUGAUUCAAACUAAUCUUGGAGAAGAAGGUAUAACGUAUCAUCCGCCCUCUGACGACGAUGAGGAUGAAGGCGACGGAUUGUCUGACGGCAAUAAACAAAAGAAAGAACUUGAUAGGUCUAUAUUUGGACACUUUGUCGGAAAGAUUCCGGCUGGCCGAAGUUUUGGUGAGUUAGCUUUGAUCAAUGCCGACUGUGUCCGUAACGCUUCCAUUAUUGCCGACGAGGCCACAGAUUUGAUCAUCGUCAACAGGGAACUUUAUAACCGCUCACUCAAGGCUUUCCAAGAAAAGGAGUUCAAUGAAAAAAAGACGUUUGUUGAGGAAUAUUUUCUGUUCCGAGGUUGGCACACCCGUUACAAGAAACAGAUUGCCAUGAGUCUUAGAAAGGAGAAGAUUUGUUUUGAUGGUAUUAUUACAAAGCAAGGUUGUCCUGUAGAUGGGAUAUGUUUUCUAUUAAGUGGUCAAGCAAAAAUGUUAGUUGAUCCAGUACAACAGGAGAUACAAUAUCCUGAUAGAUUUCCACUGCCAGAUAUUGCCGAAUUAGAGAAAGUUGAAGCCAGAGAAUCUAUAAGAAGGGAAAUGAAUAUGGCUGUACCUCGAACAGAUGAAAAGAAAUAUAUAUAUGGUAGACCACGUUCGCCCGGUGUCUCUGAUAGAAAAAGACAACAUAAAUCAACAGAAGUCUGUGUAAUUGGUGCUAUAGAAAUUAUUGGAGAUUUAGAAAUGGCGUUUGGCUUGCCUUCAUAUGCUGAAACUACACAAUGUACCGAGGCCGCAGAAGUAUUUGUACUUGACCAGAAAAAUUACGAAAGACUUAUUGAAAAACGUAAUCCUCAGUCACUUGAAAUCAUGCGUGACACCUUGCACGAGAAACUGAAGCUACGAAUGUCAUGGGCACAGGAGGAAAAUCUACCAUUGUUCAGAUAUUUCCUGUAUAAGUUGGACGAGAGAAAGCGACAUGAAUUGAUCAAGCUGAAGGAGCAUAGUAGAAAACGAGAUCUUAGAGAAUCUAUUGAUUACUGGAAAAGCGGCAAACUUUUCAAUGGUCCUUUAAUAGACCAGUUCGGACCGGGCAGUGUUUUCUACACUAUACGAAUGAGAGCUAGGUCUAGACGCGGACCUCAAAGAGUUAAACCUUCCGGUAUGGCCUUUGGCAUAACACGUAGUAUGCAUAAAAACCAAAGUGGUGCUUACUUGUCACGGAGAGGUGACCUCAGGAGCUCUAACCUCAGUAUCAAUGCACAAACUGGGACUGUAAAAAGUGUAUCUGAGAGUAAAUCUGCUUUAACAAAACAUGGCAGUGAUGGGACAGAGGAUGAACUUUCAGACAGUGAUUUAGAUAUGGACUAUACAGAUAGCCCAAGCUCAAGGAGAAGUAGGGUUAUGUGUGACGGGAAGAAAUCCAGAGGUCUGAAAAGCAAUAAAACCAGAAGCAGUUGCUCAGUUGAUGAUUUUAUGAAUCAUGAGCUAAACGAGUUGGCGUUGACGAGGCUAGAGACGAAGAUAGAAGAAUGGCAUCGGAAAGUAAACAAGUUGGAGGAAACAAGACCUUCCAAGGCGGAUAAAAAACAUCUUGUAAAGCUCCAUAGAUAUAAUGCUGAGGAAAGCAAGGCACCCUUGCCAGGUAAAAAGAUAAUUCUUAAACCACGUUUACGUCCAAAACCUACUGCAUUGACGUUACACCUGGAGGCUAUAGAUGCUUUGAACCAGAGCACGUCGCCUCCAGCAACGGCGACCGAACCCAGCGCAGGGUUGUCACGUGAUUCUGAGACACAUGAUCCAUUUGAAUCACGUGACAUAUGGAUCGAUGAAACAGACACCGGCUUCCGAAAAUGUAUCAAAAAUCGACCACAGUCAUCUAAAUCUAUACAUGAUAGCGGUCUUCCUGUGCAACUUAAUAAAAGGCCGAAGUCGGCCAGGAACUACACUGCGCAAGAAUACGUCAACUUAAAAGAGGAACUUCGUCGGAAACAAAUCGCCUACAAAUCAAUUCUCACAAGGACUAAUACUUGCUUCAGUUAAAUACGGACAUUAUUUUUGAUUAGACAAAUAUAUUCAGUUAGGGCUAAUAAAUUCAUUAUUUUA